GGUUUCCUACAGUGGAAUGACUGCAACGUCUGAGGUCUUUGCCUUGCCCAAACCAUAGGGUUGUGUUUAUGACACCGUUGUGCAAUGUAAACAAAUGAGGAGUUGAUCGUGUACCGUACUUAAGGGCAAUUUUUUUACAGCAUUAUUAUGGUGCAGGUAAUUGCCAACCGCCCUAGAGAUUGCUUAGCCUGUCGUAUUGUAAGUGGCUGUGGACUACUUGGAAUUUCACUGUAUGUGACAUAUCAAGCAAGGGCAAUGAAGAAAAACAAAUCUAGCAUGUUUUUUGUUGCCAGUGGUGCAUUGGAUGUGAAAAUGCAUCUGCAAACAAAACACCCAGAUGAAUUCCAAACAAUUAAUAAAGUGGCUGCAGUGCUGGGUACAGCAAGACUUUUUAAUUUACCGCCCUUCAACAAAUCAUCAACAGAAUAGAUGUGCAGUCUUCAUGGGACACUUGAAAACUACACAAGUCUCAUUUAUCACGCAUAAAAAGAAGUGCUUCUGUGACAAUGUGAAGAACAACAAACAUGCGGAACUAUGCUGUAACAUUUAUUUUAUCUAAUAUCAAAGAAUAAACACAUUAAUGUAAACAAAA